CUAUCUGUCACUUGUAACGUCAAUAUUGAAAACUCAAAAUUCCCGUGUCUACAAGCAGAUGCCCAGAAAUAAAAACGACCAUCAAGAAUACCCACUGUUGAUUAAAAUCGAAAACUGUCCCAAAACAGCUAAGCCAGACCCCUGUUCCGAAGAAUGUACUAAAGAGUGUCUUGAAAAGUCCUAUACAAUAUUCGACCCCAAACCUCCAAGAAAAAGACGCUCAACAGUAGAACAAGCAAUUGAAGUUAUCCAAGAACCAAUAUCUCCGAUGGCAUCAACACCAGAACGUUCACCAAUAAUAACUCCUGUAGUAUCUCAAACUAAGAAAAGUAGUAGUGUACUACUCCCGAAGGAACCAUCGGUUCAGAAAACUCCACAACCGGAGGAGAAAGAUGUUGGAUGUACCCUUGAGAUUCUUGUCUUGGAAAAGCAUGAUAGAGAUUGUAAACUCAAAAAAUCCACAGCUGCUACGCUAGAUUGGCUGAAGGGUUACAACAUCAUAAGUCACCACUCUGUCAGAAUCUGUCAAGGCGACACUCCAAUUCAAGUGUUAGCACCUCAACCAACAGGAGGAACAUGUGACUGUGGAAGGUUCACGAAGAAGGCUUCCUGCCCAGUUUGCAGCCGUCUGGGUAGAAGAAUCAACACUCCCUUCACAUCGGUCAUACAGGAACCUCCUCAGUGUCUCAGGAGCAUCAGCGACAUCUCAGAGCCUGAGACUUACAUAGAGAGCGUAGAUUCAGGAGGCGGUCGUAGAGGUUUCGAACCAGAUUUCAAGGAUAUGCCGAUUGUUAGGCAGAAAGGUGAGAGGUAUCCGUUCUUCUCCAAGUGCUUCUCGAGGAAUUGUUGGAGGCCGCAGAAGAGAGAAAGAAAAAAGGUAGAGCCCAAAGUCCCAGAACCGAUUCCACCACCGAAGUGUUCUCCUCGUUGGCGUGACUAGAAUUGACUCAUGGGGGGUUCAUCCCCACUUUUCUCAAUUUUUUAUAAUUUUUUUUUAAAUUGUCACUCACAGAUUUUUUUUUCUACUUAUCAGUGGAGGUUACGUCCUCCCGCUCCUAGUUACGCUUAUGGUUCUACUGGUGGUGAAGUUUAUAAUAAAAAAUAACACUGA